UUUUGAGUUGGCUUUCAACGCGAGCGGGUCUUUUCUCUUCGCAAGCGACACACCAGCAACUGGAUCAGCAUCAUCUGAGCAGCAAACGUCAGCCGCAGCAGCAGCAGCCGAGCAGCGAGAGAAGCAGCGCCCAGAAGACACAACCGCACGCACACACACACACACCCCGAGAGAAAGCCAGUGAAGAGAGAGUGUGCGCCAGCGAGAGCAGGAAGAACAGUAACCCCCAGACACAAGAUGAUGAUGGAGAACGGUCUCUCCAUGGAGUACGGAGACGGCUACAUGGAACAGGAGGAGGAAUGGGAGCGUGAGGGUCUCCUCGAUCCUGCGUGGGAGAAGCAACAGAAGAAGACAUUUACCGCCUGGUGUAACAGUCAUCUGCGCAAAGCUGGCACCGCCAUCGACAAUAUCGAUGAGGACUUCCGCAAUGGCCUCAAGCUGAUGCUGCUGCUGGAGGUGAUCUCCGGAGAGACUCUGCCCAAGCCCGACCGCGGCAAGAUGCGCUUCCACAAGAUCGCGAAUGUGAACAAGGCCCUGGACUUCAUCGCCUCGAAGGGUGUGCACCUGGUGUCGAUCGGUGCCGAGGAAAUCGUCGAUGGCAACCUGAAGAUGACCCUCGGCAUGAUUUGGACAAUCAUCUUGCGCUUUGCCAUACAGGACAUCUCCGUCGAGGAGAUGACCGCCAAGGAGGGUCUGCUGUUGUGGUGCCAGCGCAAGACGGCUCCCUACAAGAACGUCAACGUACAGAACUUCCAUCUGUCGUUCAAGGAUGGUUUGGCCUUCUGCGCGCUCAUCCAUCGCCAUCGCCCAGAUCUGAUCGACUACGCCAAGCUUUCCAAAGACAAUCCAUUGGAGAACCUGAACACUGCCUUCGAUGUUGCUGAGAAGUAUCUCGAUAUUCCAAGAAUGUUGGAUCCAGAUGAUUUGAUCAACACACCGAAACCGGAUGAACGUGCCAUCAUGACGUACGUCUCCUGCUACUAUCACGCCUUCCAGGGAGCCCAACAGGUUGGAAAUGUGACGCAUGUACCCGAACCCACAAGACAAUACACCUACGUCCCGAAUAAUUACAAUGCGGAAACCGCUGCCAACCGCAUCUGCAAGGUACUCAAGGUCAAUCAGGAGAAUGAGCGUCUCAUGGAGGAGUACGAGCGUCUGGCCAGCGAUCUGCUGGAGUGGAUCCGCCGCACCAUGCCGUGGCUGAACUCCCGCCAGGCGGACAACUCGCUGGCCGGCGUCCAGAAGAAACUGGAGGAGUACCGCACGUACCGACGCAAGCACAAGCCCCCGCGUGUGGAGCAGAAGGCAAAACUCGAAACCAAUUUCAACACCCUGCAGACCAAGCUGCGUCUGUCGAACCGUCCGGCCUACCUUCCCACCGAAGGCAAGACCGUGUCCGACAUCUCGAACUCGUGGAAGGGACUCGAGCUGGCCGAGAAGGCAUUCGAGGAGUGGCUGCUGGCCGAGACCAUGCGCCUGGAGCGUCUCGAGCACUUGGCCCAGAAGUUCAAGCACAAGGCCGAUGCCCACGAGGACUGGACGCGCGGCAAGGAGGAGAUGCUGCAGUCGCAGGACUUCCGUCAGUGCAAGCUCAACGAGCUGAAGGCGCUCAAGAAGAAGCACGAGGCCUUCGAGUCGGACCUGGCCGCCCACCAGGAUCGCGUUGAACAGAUCGCCGCUAUCGCCCAGGAGCUCAACACCCUGGAGUACCAUGACUGCGUGUCGGUGAAUGCCAGAUGUCAGCGCAUCUGCGACCAGUGGGAUCGUUUGGGAGCCCUCACUCAGCGUCGCCGCACGGCGCUGGACGAGGCCGAGCGCAUUCUGGAGAAGAUCGACAUCUUGCAUUUGGAGUUCGCGAAGCGUGCGGCUCCGUUCAACAACUGGCUGGACGGGACGCGCGAAGAUCUGGUUGACAUGUUCAUCGUCCACACCAUGGAGGAGAUCCAGGGCCUGAUCCAGGCGCACGAUCAGUUCAAGGCGACGCUCGGCGAGGCCGACAAGGAGUUCAAUCUGAUUGUGAAUCUGGUGCGCGAGGUGGAGUCUAUUGUGAAGCAGCACCAGAUACCCGGCGGUCUCGAGAACCCCUACACGACCCUCACCGCCAACGACAUGACCCGCAAGUGGAGCGACGUCCGCCAGCUGGUGCCACAACGCGACCAGACGCUGGCCAACGAGCUGCGCAAGCAGCAGAACAACGAGAUGCUGCGCCGUCAGUUCGCCGAGAAGGCCAAUGUGGUGGGUCCCUGGAUCGAGAGGCAGAUGGACGCCGUGACGGCGAUAGGCAUGGGCCUGCAGGGCUCCCUGGAGGAUCAGCUGCACCGCCUCAAGGAGUACGAACAGGCUGUGUACGCGUACAAGCCAAACAUCGAGGAGCUGGAGAAGAUCCACCAGGCCGUGCAGGAGUCGAUGAUCUUCGAGAACCGCUACACCAACUACACGAUGGAGACGCUACGUGUCGGCUGGGAGCAGCUGCUCACAUCGAUCAACCGCAACAUCAACGAGGUGGAGAACCAGAUCCUGACACGCGACUCGAAGGGCAUCAGCCAGGAGCAGCUGAACGAGUUCCGCUCCAGUUUCAAUCACUUCGACAAGAACCGCACCGGCCGCCUCACGCCGGAGGAGUUCAAGUCCUGCCUCGUCUCCCUGGGCUACUCGAUCGGCAAGGACCGACAGGGCGACAUGGACUUCCAGCGCAUCCUCGCCGUCGUCGACCCCAACAACACUGGCUACGUCCACUUCGAUGCCUUCCUCGAUUUCAUGACCCGCGAGAGCACCGACACCGACACUGCCGAGCAGGUCAUCGACUCCUUCCGCAUCCUGGCAGCCGAUAAGCCAUACAUAUUGCCCGACGAACUGCGCCGCGAACUGCCCCCAGAUCAGGCCGAAUACUGCAUCCAGCGCAUGCCACCAUACAAGGGCCCCAACGGAGUGCCCGGUGCCCUGGACUACAUGUCCUUCAGCACAGCUCUCUACGGCGAAACCGAUUUGUAAGCCCCGCGGCUCACGCAGCCCAGAAGGAUACGAGAAGGAUUGACGAGACGAGACGAGAGGAGACGAGAGGAGACGAGUAGAGAAGAGUAGGGAAAAAGCCGAGAAGAGCCGAGCCGAGCCGAGCCCAGCAGAGCAGAGCUGAGCGGAGCGGAGCGGAGCAGGUAGAGCCAAGCCGAGCAGUGGCCAGAUCAUAUAAUAAUGCUAAACUCUAAUAAUAAUAAUAUUAAUAAACAUAGAUUUAUUAUACCUACA